AUGCAGCGCAAAGAGAAGCGAGGAGUGUCUCUGCUGCUGCUGCUGCUGCUGGUUGCCGGCUGCAUUGUUGUCCGGCAGCUGGCGGGCCGAUGUGGGCAACCAGCGUUUGUGCCACCUGCAGAGCAGCCCCAAAUCAGGACGCCGGGUGUGCAUUCACCGAAUCUGCCACAGUCUGCGGUUGCACUCGCUGGCCUUGCUCCACUAAUGCUGGCACCGGAAGCUAGCGUGGCGCAAGGCUGGGAAUCCGCCGCGGUCAUGUUGCCGCUCGAGUUGAUCAACACAGGCUUGAACCUCUUCAAGACUGCUCUUGGCAUCUAUGCUCUCAUGAGCUGGCUCUAUGCCUUUGGCAUCAUUGACAUGCGAAACGACAUCGUCAUGAAGGUGCAGGGGGCACUGUCCUCUGUCAUCGAUCCGGUGCUGAAUCCACUUCGGAGCGUGAUCCCUCCGCCUCUCGGCCCGAAAGGCUUAGCGGCUUAG